AUGCCAGAUUUAUUAAAUGCAGUAAUAGAUGGAGCAAGGACUUCCGAAUAUUCCGUUAAUAAUCUUGCCGAUAUCCCAUCUGGACCCGUAGCUUUCGAUGUGGAUAGAUUAUUUAGCAGACGACAAACUUCUUCAAUCGAAACAUCAGAAAACUCAGUUGGAGUUAUAGGGACAGUGUUUGAUGGAGGGAAACAUGG